CUCUCCGAGCGCCGCACACGAGCUAGCUUCCUGAAAUCGCGUCCAAUAGAAAGACACGGUCGCGGCGCUGCGGCAACAGUAUCCCCCCGGCUCCCCAACCCGUGGGGCUUUAGUUCCGUGACUCAGACCGUGUCUUCCUUAACCCGACGUGGUUAACUAUAGCCUGGGCGCUGCUGCGACUCAGGUCUCCCUUCGCACCUGUGGCAGCAGAAGAGGCCGAUGGAGAGUCCCGCCAGCAAGAUCGCGGUGGUUCUUCUGGCUUGCGGGUCUUUCAACCCCAUCACCCACAUGCACCUCCGGCUUUUCGAACUGGCAAGAGAUGGCUUGAAUGGCACAGGGAAAUACAAAGUGGUCAAAGGGAUCAUUUCACCAGUGGGGGAUGCCUACAAGAAGAAGGGUCUGAUCAGUUCCAGCCACCGAAUGACCAUGGCAAAGCUUGCCACAGAAAGCUCCGAUUGGGUGGAAGUGAGCAACUGGGAAAGCAGCCAGAACGAAUGGCAGGAGACCGUCAAGGUGCUAAGAUACCAUCAACAGAGCUUGAAUAAUUUGUAUUCCUCAAAGAACUUUGAUGAAGUUCCUCCUCUCAGCAAACCAGGCCGAAAGAGGAAACACGAAGCAGGCGGCCAUCUUUCCAUCAGAAGGAACCAACUUAAUUCAGAAACUAAAGGCACUCCCCAGCUGAAGUUGCUGUGUGGUACAGAUAUCUUGGAGUCAUUUGCUGUCCCCAAUCUCUGGAAGCGAGAAGACAUUUCGGAAAUCCUGACCGACUAUGGCAUGGUGUGCAUCACCAGAGCUGGGAACCAGGCCCAGAAAUUCAUCUAUGAAUCCGACAUUCUCUGGCGCCGCAAGGAAAACAUUCACCUGGUGGAGGAGUGGAUCAGCAAUGACAUCUCCGCCACCAAAAUCCGGAGAGCCCUGAGGAGGCGCCAGAGUGUCCGAUACUUGGUGCCUGACAGUGUUCUGGCAUACAUUGAAAAGCACAAAUUAUACUCUGAAGAGAGUGAAGAACAGAAUAGUGGUGUCAUUCUAGCUCCUUUGCAGAGGUAUGCUAAGGAUGCUAGUUAAACCCUGACCCAUCUGUCUUUGGUGGGGAGGAGGAAACAGGCAUGCUUUGCAAAAAAAUGUGUACUGUAGCAGCUGAAAUCUUUGGUCCUUUCUCUGGCCACAGAAGUCAAUAGUGUCCCAAGUUUUUAUGAAGGGUUGCCAACUGACCAACCAUGGCAUGGCCUGCUCUUGCGCUUUUUCAAGCACCUUUAGUUAGCAGAAAUCAGCAGGUAAAAGUUGCCACAAAAUACAGAUGAGCAUGGUUGCUUAUCCAGGUCUAUAAAUCUAAUUGCUGUUAAAGGCACAGGAGCAGAAGCCAGCAAAGGAGUUGGCAACCCUGGUUUUAUGAAUGUGAACCCCAGUUCUUCCAUUGCAUUGUAGAUGCCGCUUGUGAGCAAUGGGCCUGAUCCAUACCUGAGCUUCUCGGUGGAAACUGGGAUCAGGCUGCAUAAUGCUUGUUUGUGUGUGUGAAGCUGCUGUGUAUCUGGACACGUGUGAUAGUUAGCUGGCAUGAGCCUAAAUUCAGGGAAGCUGUACGCACAAAGUCCAUAUUAUGCUGGAAAUGUCACAGUCCCAAGACUGUCGUUGACAAAAAAGCUUGAGUGACUCAGGAGGUGCCAGCAGGCCUGGAGGAAAAUGUCCUUUCCCUUUAACAGAGGUUUACAGUGUAGAAAUCGGUGGCUGAAGCUUUUCAUGGCAAGGAGAGUAAUUAACAUCAAUUGGUCAGUAACAUCAUUAAGCCUCUAUUAAAGGGACAGGAUUUUGUUUUUCUUCUCCUUGCUGCUGGCAACCCUAAGUCACCAAGAGUGUGAAGUUCUGGUAAAACUGGAAAGUGAUGACUUACCGUUAUUUCCUAAGAGUGUCACUUUUACUGUGAGAACCUGAUUUCCUUUGCCAAACCUGGCCAUGUGUAGACCUUAUGUGGCAGCAAGAAUAGUAACAGCCUGUAGCUCCAGUCCUGCUCUUUUCUUUGCUGUAGACCUGACUCUCAGAUGGCCUCUGUGAAUACAACUAAGUUGCCCUUUGAUUUAGGGUUUUGUGAAGAGUCGUCUUUGUGGAUUGCUGAGAUGGGAGGGUUCCAACCAAGGAGCAGCGUGCUUUGCUAAGAUAUGGCUGUGAUGCAGAUAAUAUUUCUUAGGGGGGAAAGAACCUCCUUUUUCUGGUGCUCUUUCAUACAGGGAUGGGCAGCUCUGAUCUUAUGCACAUUUACUCAGAAGUAAAUCCUACUGAUUCCAAAGGGCUUAUUUCUGUGCAAGGGAGUAUAGGAUUGCAGCUCGUAUGCCUUAUCGGAUGCGUAUUAGGAGAUGUCUUCCAUUUGUGCCUAGGGGCAGGUGGAUCAUGCCAAAACUGUCUGGAUGCUACAGGCCAUGACUUCCUGGCAAGAUGACUCUAACAUGCAGCUUCUCCACAGGAGAUUCAAAAAUGCUGGAUUUGUAAUGAAUGGUCUAGUUUUCACUGAAGUACUAAAACCCAUGUCUGGGUUGUACUGCCCCAGACUGGAAGUGGCAGAGGCUGUGACCUAUACACUUUAAAAAAGGUUUAUUGACAGGAAUAGCCUUACUUGCUGGCCUGCUAGUUUUCUAUGUGCAGGUACAAGUUAGCAAUAUCACUGAGAGCAAGGGCCUUGGUUUUAAGGUUGACCUCCGCAAUUUAAUUUGAGAGGGAGCCCUCUAGCCACAUGCUAUGACUUACAACAUGCACUGCCAGUGGCAGGUGAAGUCAUUCAGCUGGCAGGUGACAAGUCAUGUAGGGCCCCCUCCAGUGAGCUGCUGUUCACAUGCUAGCUCUCCAAAGGUAACAUCUUCAGAACUAAUGUGACGAAGGGAAGGUGCUGCCUGAUGAAAAACUGGCGCCUUGCAACGGGUACAGCUUUUUAUUACUCAUCUCAAGCAUGCACCAUCAACAUAAGGGUUUGUUCCUGCUGGUCAUCUAUUCUAAACUAUGUUCUCUUAUUGCUUAUCUGAACCUGUUCCACAGCUUUGGUGAUCUUAUUGAUUGUUACAGAUCUGGUGCAGAUGUAACGCUGCCUGAUCUUCUCACCCUGAUUUGGAAACCAAAGCAACCACUGGCUCUCCUCCUCCUUUUGCCUCUUCUCUUCUCCUCUCCUGCAUGCGAAUUUGCCAUCACACAGAGCUAACCAUGGUUAGCAUUAUGUCUGUUCUGAGCUGAGGGCUAACCAUGGAUAGCUCAAAUCUGGAUGUGAAGGCCUGGUUCUAACCUUGGUUGAAAACACAGGGUUGCAGCCAGCACUGGUCAGUGUUCAGAUUACUGCACACAUCAUACUAACCAUGGUUGGUUCCGGAGAAGGGAGGGAGAGGGAUUUGUGCAAUCAUCUAAAUAUAUCUAGGAGAACAGAGAGUAUUACUUCUGCUCUGACUUAUGUAGACAAAUGCUGUUGAUUUAGCGCUGCUGAUGUGAGAUGAGAAGCAGAAGCAAUAAACAUUUGGUCACCGGCAUCGGCAGUUCGAACCUGAGGAUCCCAUCUUUACUUGGCCAUCUUCCGUUGCAGACUUUACACUUUGCUGUCCCCCCCAAAUCCUGCUCUUUUAAAUCCUAAUGCUGAUUUUUUUUGGUUUUUCUUUGCCCUUAAUGCUGCACGAGAAUCAACCAUGCUCAAUGGUCAUGUGAACAAAUUAUAAUAAAACCAGACUUGCACAACA